UCACUUCAACCAAAAAAAAAAAAAACAGUUCCGAUCUUUGAAAAAAAAAUAAAGAUUCCAAACCAAAUCGGAGGAAGAUGGCGCUAUCACGACUCUCUCUACGAUCCAACCGCUUCCUCCAACCGUCGACAACCACCGCCGCCCUACCUUCCUCCCUCCGCCGCCACGUCUCCACAGACACAACCCCCAUCACAAUCGAAACCGCCGUCCCUUUCGAGUCCCACCUCUGCGACGCGCCGUCGCGCUCCGUGGAGACCUCCUCCUCCGAGAUCCUCUCCUUCUUCCGCGACAUGGCUCGCAUGCGCCGCAUGGAGAUCGCCGCCGACUCGCUCUACAAGUCCAAACUGAUCCGCGGGUUCUGCCACCUCUACGACGGGCAGGAGGCUCUGGCCGUGGGGAUGGAGGCGGCGAUCACCAGGAAGGACGCGAUCAUCACGUCGUACAGGGACCACUGCACGUUCCUGGGACGCGGAGGGGAGCUGGUGGACGCGUUCUCGGAGCUGAUGGGGAGGAAGUGGGGGUGCUCCAACGGCAAAGGAGGGUCGAUGCAUUUUUACAAGAAGGACGCGUGUUUCUACGGCGGCCAUGGGAUCGUUGGCGCGCAGAUUCCGUUGGGGUGUGGUUUGGCUUUCGCUCAGAAGUACUCCAAGGAGGAGUUUGUUACUUUUACUUUGUAUGGUGACGGUGCUGCUAAUCAGGGGCAGUUGUUUGAGGCUUUGAAUAUUGCUGCUCUUUGGGAUUUGCCUGCCAUUCUUGUUUGCGAGAAUAACCACUAUGGAAUGGGGACUGCUACGUGGAGGUCUGCUAAGAGUCCUGCUUAUUUUAAGCGUGGAGACUAUGUUCCUGGCUUGAAGGUGGAUGGUAUGGAUGCGCUGGCUGUGAAACAGGCGUGCAAGUUCGCCAAGGAGCAUGCGCUCAAGAAUGGACCUAUUGUCCUUGAGAUGGACACCUAUAGAUACCACGGUCACUCUAUGUCUGACCCAGGAAGUACCUACCGUACACGUGACGAAGUCUCCGGCGUGAGACAGGUGCGUGAUCCUAUUGAAAGGGUGCGAAAGUUGCUCUUAUCUCAUGACAUAGCUACAGAAAAAGAGCUCAAGGACAUGGAGAAAGAGGUGAGGAAAGAAGUGGAUGACGCCGUAGCUCAGGCAAAGGAGAGCCCUGUACCAGAGCCAUCUGAGCUAUUCACAAACAUGUACGUCAAAGACUGCGGAGUUGAGUCAUUUGGAGCAGACAGAAAAGAACUCAAAGUCACACUUGCAUAAACCUUGUUCCAUAGGAGAUGAAGGUUCUCAAUAAAUGCACUCACAAUUCUUGAGUCUUGCUACCAAAAUCAUUUCUGGUUUACAUUUUCAUUGAGCCAUUGCUUUUUGAUUAAGCUUUUUUGUCAUUUUUAAAUACACUUCAACCACAUUGUUACUGACACAGAAGCAAUAAGCUUUGGAUCUUGCGAGUCUUUCUCUAUGUGUGAGAAAUGAUAAGAGAAGCAAGAAGAGAGCAGUUCAGAAAAUAUCUCAUCUUCUUUGUAUGUAUUUAAAAGGAUCGUGACGUGUGAGUUCAAAAAUCAUCAAGAACCCGUGUGUUUAA